UGUCUCUUGUCCAUCAUUCCACUAUCAGGAGUGUUCGCUUUGCGAAAGCGACUUUUCGUUACCUUUUGUACAUCGUAUUUCGUCUCUUUGCAUCUAUACAAUCUCAAAAAAAAACAACACACUUCAACAUGGGAAAACGCCACAACAGAAAGCGAACCAGGAGCCGUCCUCGUCAUCGGGACAGUAACAGUUCAAAUCGAGACAUCCAGCACAUCCGGAGUAAUUCGUUCGAUACCAUUUUCUCGCAGUCGACGGUAGCCUCGUAUCAGCCAAUGUCUGCGCCCAUCACAGAUAUCUCUGCAGACCACUGGCAUUCAGCAUAUCUCGCAUGGCAGAAUCGACUUCGACUUGAGCAGGAGAGGGCAAAGGCUGUGGAAUCUCACCAGCUCCGCUUCUUUGGCGGCGAGCCAGGCGACGAAGACAGCCUCUUCGAGCCCAUGAUGAAGGUGGUUACAGACCUUUUCGAUGGGUAUGAUGACUUUAGAUAUCCAUGAUGGUUUUCCUUUCAUGCGUUCAAAGCACAUCUCCUCUUCGUCCUACAGAUCUGUCUCUCGUCUCAGUCACAAAUUGCCUUGCAAUUGAAAUCAUUACGAAGUUAGGCGUCAUGGCCACCACCGCAGCGGAGCAACGGCCUACUACUUUUGUGCUCGCUUCAGCGACACGUUACUCCACUC